AUGGAGGCGCAGGAGACGUGCACAAAGGGCGCGACCGAGGAGGGCGUGGUCGGGCCCUGCAGCAGCUCGGGCCAAGCAACAGCGUCCCUUUCCCGUGGUGGCAUUCCCGUUUUUGUUAUAGCAACCGUGCUGGAACCACGAGCGCGCCACGCGCAGCGACGAUACCGCGUGCGCUUUCGGCCACAACGCUACAUAUGUUGCCGCCAAAGGGUGGGCCGCCAUCAACGCAUACUACCCGAAAUUAAAAAAAAGGCCGAUGGACCAGGCGGCGGCGGCGGUAACGGGGACAAGGACACCGACAACGACGGGGAGGCCGACAACGACGAAGGUUCCGACAAAGCCUGGACCAACGAGACCCUUUCCAAUGAGACCUUUUUCGACGACGACAACAACAGCCGUUUGUGGCACUCGUGCCGGUACCAUGUAUACCCCGUAAGCAACCACCCAUCCCCAAAUCCCCGUCGGGACAUCCUCGGACAGCCUUUGACUUUGCCACCGGUCCAAUCGGCAGCGGACAACGAGCAGCAUUUCUGCUGCGUGCGCGACCAGGCGAGGCACGCCUACUGCCGCCGCAUCCCGGCCGCGGUCCCGCCCCAGGCUAGAGCCCAUCGGAAAUACUACCUAGCCCGCCCCGCAAACGCCAAGAGGCUCUCCGCCAGGCUCUCGAAGGCGAAGAAGGACCCCCGAGAGCACUCGACGGUGCCCAACCAGCCAUCUCCUUACGUGAGCACUCAAAGGACCUCCUGCGAACUCCUCCUAGCCUGCUAUGGAAGUAGGAUGGAUGGAUCAUUGCGAUAA